GUCACUGAGAAAUUCAUACUCAAAAUAUCAUCGACCGACACUACCAUUGCUUCUGUGCUCAUUUGUCAAGGUGUCAUGCCUUGCUCCCCAAUAUCGCCUGUCAUGGGCAUAACAUUAGAAGCCCUUGAAUUAUAUUGGGUGGCACACCUCAGGAGCCCUCACUUAGUGAUUCAAGCUUUUAUCAAGACUAUAUGUGAUUUACUUGGGGUAUGUUUAAGUUCUCACUUCAAGUUCUAUUGUGCAACAUGCUAA